AUGUUAACGGUUCAACCACGUGCUGUACAAAUUCGUGCAUCCGGUGGUAGUUGUGUACAUAAACUUAUUAAUACAAGUAUGGCACGUUUAGCAUUUAAAAUUAAAUCUACUAAUAAUGAUGAAUAUCGUUUUAAGCCUAUUUAUGGUUUCAUUGAACCACAAAGUAUAUAUCCUAUUGUAAUACGAAAAUUACCUGGUCAAAUAAGAGAGGAUACUUUUAUUAUACAAUAUGCUGAGGUAACAGCUGAUUGUACCGAUGCAAAGGCACCAUUUAAAGUUGAUGCAUUACAAGGUGAAAUAAUUGUAUAUGCGCAUUCGGUGUGA